ACCCGGAAGAGGAUAUGAGUCUUUGAGCGUGCGUCCUGUGCUGAGUAUAGUGUGCUCCUGGUGUAGUUUUUUUUGUGUGUGUGUGGAGAAACUCUUGUGAUAAUGUACGAUGCAGACGAAGAUAUGCAGUAUGAGGAGGAUGAUGACGAAAUAACUCCGGAUCUGUGGCAGGAAGCAUGUUGGAUUGUCAUAAGUUCUUACUUUGACGAGAAAGGCUUGGUGCGACAGCAGCUUGAUUCUUUUGACGAGUUCAUUCAGAUGUCUGUGCAGAGAAUCGUGGAAGAUGCACCACCUAUUGACUUACAGGCUGAAGCACAGCAUACUACUGGAGAAGUAGAAGAGCCACCAAGAUACCUUUUGAAGUUUGAGCAAAUAUAUUUAUCUAAACCAACACACUGGGAAAGAGAUGGUGCCCCUUCACCAAUGAUGCCAAACGAAGCAAGACUAAGAAAUUUAACGUAUUCUGCCCCUCUCUACGUUGAUAUCACAAAGACUGUCAUAAAAGAAGGGGAGGAACAGAUUCAAACGCAGCAUCAGAAAACUUUUAUUGGAAAAAUACCAAUAAUGUUGCGUUCUACAUACUGCCUCUUGAAUGGCCUUACUGAUCGCGAUCUAUGCGAGUUAAAUGAAUGUCCACUAGACCCAGGAGGUUACUUUAUCAUUAAUGGGUCUGAGAAGGUUUUAAUUGCUCAAGAAAAAAUGGCCACAAACACUGUAUACGUCUUUGCAAAGAAAGAUUCAAAGUAUGCUUAUACGGCCGAGUGCCGGUCCUGCUUGGAGAAUUCUUCAAGACCAACAAGUUCUAUAUGGGUCAGCAUGCUUGCAAGGGGAGGUCAGGGAGCCAAAAAAAGUGCUAUUGGUCAGCGUAUUGUUGCUACGUUGCCUUAUAUUAAACAAGAAGUGCCCAUUAUCAUUGUGUUCAGGGCAUUGGGGUUUGUAUCCGACAGAGACAUAUUGGAACACAUUAUCUAUGACUUUGAAGAUCCUGAGAUGAUGGAAAUGGUGAAACCCUCUCUUGAUGAGGCCUUUGUUAUUCAGGAGCAAAACGUGGCCUUGAACUUCAUAGGUUCCAGGGGUGCGAAGCCUGGUGUUACAAAAGAAAAAAGAAUCAAAUAUGCAAAAGAAGUUCUUCAGAAAGAAAUGCUUCCUCACGUUGGUGUCAGUGACUUCUGUGAGACUAAAAAAGCCUACUUCUUGGGGUACAUGGUGCAUCGACUGCUUCUUGCUGCUUUGGGAAGAAGAGAGCUUGAUGAUAGAGACCAUUAUGGAAACAAAAGACUGGACCUCGCAGGACCUCUGCUUGCCUUUCUCUUUAGAGGAAUGUUUAAAAACUUGCUAAAAGAAGUAAGGAUCUAUGCACAGAAAUUCAUUGAUCGAGGAAAAGACUUUAAUUUGGAACUGGCAAUUAAGACGAGAAUAAUUUCAGAUGGCUUAAAGUACUCCUUGGCUACUGGAAAUUGGGGCGACCAAAAGAAAGCCCAUCAAGCUAGAGCUGGUGUUUCACAGGUUUUGAACAGAUUGACGUUUGCAUCAACUCUUUCGCACUUGCGGAGAUUAAACUCCCCUAUUGGCAGAGAUGGAAAACUUGCCAAACCUAGACAGCUGCAUAACACCUUAUGGGGAAUGGUAUGCCCUGCAGAGACUCCUGAGGGUCAUGCUGUGGGUCUUGUAAAGAAUCUUGCUUUAAUGGCUUAUAUAUCGGUUGGCUCUCAGCCUUCACCAAUAUUGGAGUUCUUGGAAGAAUGGAGUAUGGAAAACCUUGAAGAAAUUUCUCCUGCUGCCAUUGCAGAUGCUACAAAAAUAUUUGUGAACGGAUGCUGGGUUGGAAUACACAAGGAUCCAGAACAACUAAUGAAUACACUUCGAAAGCUGCGUCGUCAAAUGGACAUCAUUGUGUCAGAGGUCUCAAUGAUAAGGGAUAUAAGGGAAAGAGAAAUCAGAAUCUACACGGAUGCAGGAAGGAUUUGUCGGCCGCUUCUGAUUGUAGAAAAACAAAAGUUGUUGCUGAAAAGAAGACACAUUGACCAGCUUAAAGAGAGAGAAUACAAUAAUUAUAGUUGGCAGGACCUGGUGGCUAGUGGAGUUGUUGAAUACAUUGAUACACUUGAAGAGGAGACGGUCAUGCUUGCUAUGACGCCUGAUGAUUUGCAAGAAAAGGGUGUUGCUUAUUGUUCAACAUACACACAUUGUGAAAUUCACCCAUCCAUGAUUCUAGGAGUCUGUGCUUCAAUUAUACCAUUUCCUGACCACAACCAGUCUCCUAGGAAUACCUACCAGUCUGCUAUGGGUAAACAAGCUAUGGGCGUCUAUAUUACCAAUUUUCAUGUUCGUAUGGAUACUUUAGCUCAUGUGCUAUAUUACCCUCAAAAGCCCUUGGUUACCACCAGAUCAAUGGAGUACCUGCGUUUCAGAGAACUUCCCGCUGGCAUUAAUUCUAUUGUUGCUAUUGCUUCUUAUACUGGAUAUAACCAAGAGGAUUCUGUCAUCAUGAACCGCUCUGCUGUGGACAGAGGUUUCUUCAGGUCUGUCUUCUAUCGUUCCUAUAAAGAACAGGAGUCCAAAAAAGGAUUUGACCAAGAAGAAAUUUUUGAGAAACCUACUCGUGAAACUUGUCAAGGCAUGCGACAUGCAAUUUAUGAUAAAUUAGAUGAUGAUGGUUUAAUUGCACCUGGUGUCAGGGUCUCUGGAGAUGAUGUAAUCAUUGGCAAAACUGUAACAUUGCCUGAAAAUGAGGAUGAGCUUGAAAGCACAAAUCGCCGGUACACCAAGAGGGAUUGCAGCACUUUUCUUCGUACAAGUGAAACUGGAAUUGUGGAUCAGGUUAUGGUAACGCUCAACCAGGAAGGUUACAAGUUUUGCAAGGUGAAGUAACGGUCUGUUAGAAUCCCUCAGAUUGGAGAUAAGUUUGCUAGUCGAAACGGACAGAAGGUUACCUGUGGAAUUCAGUACAGACAGGAGGAUAUGCCUUUUACUUGUGAAGGUAUUACCCCUGAUAUUAUCAUUAACCCCCAUGCCAUCCCUUCACGUAUGACAAUUGGACACUUGAUUGAAUGUCUCCAAGGGAAGGUGUCCGCAAAUAAGGGGGAAAUUGGUGACGCAACUCCAUUUAAUGAUGCAGUUAAUGUGCAGAAGAUUUCAAAUUUGUUAUCAGACUAUGGGUACCAUCUUAGAGGAAAUGAGGUCCUGUACAAUGGAUUUACCGGUCGUAAAAUCACGUCACAAAUUUUUAUUGGACCUACUUACUAUCAGAGGUUAAAGCACAUGGUAGAUGAUAAGAUUCAUUCCCGUGCAAGAGGCCCUAUUCAGAUUUUAAACAGACAGCCAAUGGAAGGUAGAUCACGUGAUGGAGGUCUUCGUUUUGGAGAAAUGGAACGUGACUGUCAAAUAGCCCAUGGUGCUGCACAGUUUCUUCGUGAAAGAUUGUUUGAAGCUUCUGACCCCUACCAAGUACAUGUUUGUAAUCUAUGUGGAUUAAUGGCAAUUGCAAACACCAGAACCCACACCUAUGAAUGCAGAGGAUGUCGAAACAAAACACAAAUAUCCUUGGUGCGAAUGCCUUAUGCCUGCAAACUUCUAUUUCAGGAGCUUAUGUCGAUGAGCAUUGCCCCACGCAUGAUGUCAUCCUAGUUCAACUUUUUUUGUAUUAAAAACUCUGUUAUGGGAUCAAUAGGAAGUUCUAAUAGAUAUCACUAUAUAAACCCAAGACAAAUUAUUAUUUUUUUCAUUAAUAUGUGACAUGCAGUAUGGUUGUAACACAUUUGUUUUGGUUUUAUAGGACAUGAACUGUAAAUUUAAGGGUGGAACUCAAGGUUUAUUUUUGUAUAGAGUAGGCAAGAGCAUCUGUAAUUUUUAUACUGCAGUCUGUGUCCCAAUUUAGGAGAUCUCAUAUCGCAUCAUUUCUUUCAAUGGUGUGGAGGGAUUUCCUUAUUGGGGACACAAAUAAAAACUGAUGGUGGUUCUGACUCUUGACCAUUUUAGCUAAAGCCAAACUUGUUUUUUGGAAGUACUGCUUCAGAUAGUAGGGCUAUGUAUAAAGUGUCGGACUUAAAAAGAGUGUUUUUUUCCUAGAAACCUAUUUUCUUUUAUGCAUGUUCCAACUUUGUCUAGCAGCAGGAAGUAGUGGAAAUGAUUAAAUGUUAAGAGAAAUUGAUAGUUUUUGUCAGGCAGACACUUGGGCUGCUUUCACACUAAGAUUUUACAGCAUUAUUUCCUUGCUAACAACACAGCAACCGCUAAAUCCCUUUAAAUCCUAUGGAACUCUUCACACCUCUGUGCAUGCUGUAUCUUUGGUGUGCUUUGCAAAACUGCACCAAAAUCGCAGCUACCAAUUGAAAUAAAAAAAAAAGUGUGGCAAACACGCAUCAAAUAUGCA